UCGGAGGAAAUAGCGGAGAGAAAAAGAGGGAGAAAAAAGCUCCACAGAAAUAUGCAUCGACGUUUUUCCCCCACCCUCCUCAUGAAUCUUAUUCUAAUUUGUCCACGCACUGAUAACGUCUAUAGUUUCACCGCGAGAUUCGCUUCUCGAGUCGGACGUCUCGAAAACGAGCCGCUCAUCAGUCAAUGGUUGUCCACUGUUUCGCGACCUCCUCGUCGGUACCGCGUGAAAGUCUUCGCGGAAUUCAACCGCUGAAUCAUAUUUGAACGAAAAACAAAAAAACAGGAAAAGAAAUCAAAAUCCGCCGCAAUGUACGCGACAAGAUUGUCGAGGAUUUCGAGGGCGGUUUUGAGUCCGGCAGGAUACAUCAACACCCGCCUGGCCUCGUCGUCCACCGGACUUUGGCUUCCGCACAUGCAACUGGGUAAUCCGUUCCUAGGAAUGCGACGUGCCCUUCUGACGUCGGACAGGCCCCGAAGAGUCACCUUCACCGAUCGGAGUCAGCUGAAAUACGCGCGUCGUUUGGUAGUAAAAUUGGGAAGUGCAGUGAUAACAAGGGAGGACGAACACGGCCUGGCUUUGGGACGUUUGGCGUCGAUCGUCGAACAAGUGGCGGAGUGUCAAAACGAAGGAAGGGAAUGUAUAAUGGUGACGAGCGGGGCGGUCGCUUUUGGAAAGCAAAAACUAACGCAGGAAUUACUCAUGUCGUUGUCGAUGCGCGAAACUUUGAGCCCCGCCGAUCACACGCGCGAACACGCAGGGACCCUGUUGGAGCCCAGGGCUGCCGCGGCGGUCGGGCAAUCGGGUCUCAUGUCCCUUUACGACGCGAUGUUCGCUCAGUACGGAGUAAAACUCGCCCAAGUUCUGGUGACGAAACCGGAUUUCUACAACGAGGAGACCAGGAAGAACCUUUUCAGUACCCUCAGCGAACUGAUCAGCCUGAAUAUUGUGCCGAUAAUAAACACGAACGACGCGGUAUCUCCACCGCUUCAGGCUGACGAGGAGAUCGCGGGCUCCGGUGGACGCAGAGGGAUCUCGAUCAAGGAUAACGAUUCUCUCGCCGCGAUGCUGGCCGCCGAGGUACAGGCGGAUCUUUUAAUCCUGAUGAGCGACGUAGACGGGAUUUACAACCUGCCGCCGUGGCAGGACGGCGCUAAACUGAUUCGCACUUUCACCUCCGAUCUCAGAGGGACGAUCAAGUUCGGACAGAAGUCGAAGGUCGGUACAGGCGGCAUGGAUUCCAAAGUAAACGCGGCCACUUGGGCGUUGGACAGGGGAGUUUCGGUGGUCAUAUGUAACGGAACUCAGGAAAAGGCGAUAAAGAGCAUAAUGGGAGGUCGGAAGAUCGGAACGUUUUUCACCGAUACCACCGGGCCAUCGGCACCCGUUGAAGUAGUGGCGGAAAACGCGCGGACCGGAAGUCGCAUAUUGCAGUCUCUGCGCCCGGAAGACAGAGCGAGUGCGAUAAACACAUUGGCUAAUCUCCUCGAGUCGAGACAAGUCGAUAUCUUGGAGGCGAACAACAAGGACUUGGAGGACGCGCGGAGAUCGGGAUUGUCGAAACCUUUGCUUUCCCGGUUAUCAUUGACGUCUUCGAAGCUGAAAUCUCUGAGCGCGGGUCUUCGCCAGAUCGCCGACAGCUCGCACGAAAACGUCGGCAGAGUAUUGCGGAGGACGAAACUCGCGGAAAAUCUUGAAUUGAAACAGAUCACCGUCCCGAUCGGCGUCCUUUUGGUAAUAUUCGAGUCUCGCCCCGACAGCUUGCCGCAAGUCGCCGCGUUGGCUAUGUCCAGCGCGAACGGGCUCCUUCUCAAGGGCGGCAAAGAGGCUGCCCACAGCAACAAGUAUCUCAUGGAACUCGUUAAAGAAGCGUUGAAUACCGUUGGAGCCGCGAACGCGAUUUCCUUGGUUUCGACGCGCGAGGAAAUCGGAGACCUCCUUUCGAUGGAGAAGCACAUCGAUCUGAUCAUCCCCAGGGGUAGUUCGGAGCUCGUGAGGAGCAUUCAAGAACAGUCGAAGCACAUCCCGGUACUCGGCCAUGCGGAAGGUAUAUGCCAUGUUUACGUAGACAAAGAUGCGGACGUGGAAAAGGCUCUGAGAAUCGUAAAGGACUCCAAAUGCGAUUAUCCCGCGGCGUGCAACGCCAUGGAAACGCUUCUCAUUCACGAAGAUCAUCUGAACGGAAAUUUUUUCUCCGACGUUUGCAACAUGCUGCAAAAAGAGGGGGUAAAGAUUUACUCUGGUCCAAAACUUCAGCAACAAUUGACGUUCGGUCCUCCGGCUGCCAAGAGCAUGAAGAUCGAAUACGGCGCCCUUGAAUGCACGAUUGAGGUCGUUCCAGACUUAGAAGAAGCCAUUAAUCAUAUUCUCAGAUACGGAAGCAAUCAUACAGACGUAAUAGUGACCGAAGACCUCAAAAGUGCGGCGCAUUUUCAACGACAGGUCGACAGCGCUUGCGUCUUUCACAACGCCAGUACCAGAUUUUCCGAUGGAUUCAGAUUCGGACUGGGGGCGGAGGUCGGUAUUUCAACGGCGAGGAUUCAUGCGAGAGGCCCCGUUGGCGUCGACGGACUUUUGACGACGAAAUGGGUUUUGCAAGGCGAUGGACAUGCGGCCGCUGAUUUUGCCGAUAAUGGGACGCGGACUUAUUUACACGAAUCGCUUCCCCUGCGUGAGGCAUGAAAUGAGGUAGACUCGAAAAAAUUUCUAGUAACAGAAAAAUGGACGAAUAUCUGCACGUUCGGGAAUCCCUCCGUGAAAACCGAAAAGGGAUUCCUUAAAUCAAUAACGCGACUGAUUGAUACGCGGCUAAUCAAUUUUCGAAACUGGUCGUUGUAACAGGCUUGUUUGGUUCACGAUUGUCUAGAACCACCGAGUAGAUUAUCGGUGCGCCGAGGCAAGGCCGUUUAAUAAAUCAGUAGUUCAUUGUCAGUAGAAAGAAAAAAAAUAAGAUAUUUUUAUAACGACUUCGAAGAGUGUUUCUGCAAAUAUUCUCAAUGUCUUCUCGUUCAAAAAUUUCGAAACUCAAUGGUUGUAUUCCACUGCCAGUUAGUUUACACCAAGUUAUAAUUCGAGCUCGGGAGAAAUCAAUUUUAUAGGUACAGUUUAGGUGUACCAUUCAUGUAAGAUAUAGAAAUUCCUAAAAUAAGUGUUCGAUCUUGAUCGAUGUAAUUAUUGUUGUUUUAUAUAAGUAGAAAAUAUUUCUGAUCUUUUGUUUCUCUGAUUUGUAUGUCCAAUCUCAAAUAAUUUUAAACAGAUGGACACCUCUUUGGGAAAGUUGUAUGAGCUGACCGUAAUUACGAUCGCAUGUGGUACUCAUCGGCGUGUACUAUAAAAUUUAAAAGUAGUAAAGUAUGCAUGAUAUAAAUUAAACGAACUAGCACGAAAAAUAACGCUAGCCCACGAAUCCAGAUUACCUAUUUAUUUAAAAUUGAGUGAAUACUAUGAUUAUGACACGUCAUGAAAUACACGAAAGAAAAAUUUUGUUCAAAUAAACUAGCUCAUUUUGUAGAUAACAGAGCAAACACAAAAA